AUGCGACCUUCUCAGGCAGCCAUUCCCGUGUCCUUUCUUCGUGCUGAUUCCGAUGACUUUGUGCUGAAGGUCCCUCCAAGGCCGCAGCUGCCGGUGCUGCUGCCUGCAGACUUGUUCUACCCGUUUACCAUUGGCUCAGCUGCCAGACUGGGGUGGAGCACAGCGCUGGCACUGAUCCUGCUGGCCCUAGCAGAAUUCAAGACAGCGUGA